GCUUCAGCAGGAAUUUAAGAUGAUGUACUGAGACAAUGCAAAUAGAAAGAUUACUACAUGGGAGACAAGAUUUUGCCCCCACAUCCUCCAACUGGCAACAAUGUCCAGAUUGCCAAAAAUCCAACAGGGGUAUAAAGAGCUUUACAAGGAAACCCUCAUGGAUGAUGACGAAAGUAACGAUGACACUGUCCCUGAUCCACCAUCCAUACGCGAAAUAGCACUGUUCUCAUUAAUCAUGGCAAUAUACAUGGUUCCACCUCAGACAGCAAGAAGGAAGAGUUCACUGGCAGACUCAGUGGGAUACUUUUUGGUGACUAGACCACUUGGGCAUGUCACUAGAAUGGACGACGGCCGUAUUCCAAAAGACAUAUUGUACGGAGAGCAAGCGACCGGGACCAGGGCUGUUGGAAGACCUGUCCUCCGCUUCAAGGAUGUGUGCAAGAGGGAUAUGAAGACCAGUGAAAUCAACACUACAAACUGGGAAACCCUAGCUGGAGAUCGCCCCAAAUGAAGACAUGCUGUGAAGAUGGGCAUCAGAAGGAGCAAACAGAGAAGAGUAGAACAAUGGGAGUAGAAAAGACAACUAAGACGGCAGUUAGCCAUGGCUCCAACAGCUCAGCCACAAGUGACAUUUGUAUGCAGCAACUGCAACAAGACCUGCCUCUCAAGGAUUGGACUAUCUAGUCAUCGCAGGAGCUGCACUUUAUGAAUUAGGAACUAAAAGAAACUACCAGCGCAAACUCUAUCGUCUCUUGAGACAGACAGAUGCCAAUGCAUUUUCAACAUUUUACAAAUUGUAUUUACACAUUUUCCUAAUGUUACAUCUAACACUUUUAAAAUGUUAGAUUUGUAACAUUUUCGGAAAUGUUGAAUUAACAUUUAAAAGGUUGUCACUUCUCAAACCUUUGCUAAAUGUUAAAUCUAACACUUAAAAUGUUGGAUUUAACAUUUCAUUUUUUAGAGUGUAGUUGAACUUUUUUUUUCUUUUUUAUUUAAUGCACCAUUCGUAAUUCCAGGUGUUCCUCAUAUCUUUUUGUACAAUUCGAGUUGAGAGGUAUAAUAUUCUUUAUUGGCAAUACGUAGUAAAGAAGUAAGUGUGUUUUUAUAUGAUAUAUAUUUAGAGCGGAAUUUGUCACUUGGUUUGGAUAUGUAUUUGUAGUACAUGUUGUUCUUUCCGUUAACAUGGUUAAUUGGUCUCCAAGGUGAAUUAGUAAUCCAAGGGUUGAGUGGGACCUUAUUAUAGUUUGAUUUUUUGUUAAUAAUAAAAAAAACCUAAGUAUCUAAAGAAGAUGUUUAUUUGGAAAUGAAGAAGUUGAUGCGUCAUCAACGUCUGUGGAUUCAAAAACAGUCGACCAGUCUGUUGUAUUUAAGUCAUUGAUUUGAUUGUUUAUAUUGUCAUCAGGUAUCUGUCUAAAUGGAGUAUUGAAUGGUUCUUUCAUUAUAGUUUUAUUUGUAGAUAACCUACCAAAAAAUCGAAAGUGAUCAGUGAUUUCAUUAAGGAUUAUGCCGGCUUUGGUGACUUGCUGAUUUAUAUUACUAAAAAUAUUGUCAAUUAAAGUAGCCGAGUUAUUUGUAACUUUUGUCGAUUAAGUGAUAAGUGGUAAAAAAGAAUGUGAAAUAAACUUUUCAAAAAACUCCUGAGAGGUGCUGUUAGAAUUGCAUUUACCACGUUGUCAUUAAGGUCACUCAUGAAGAAACAAUCUUUAUUUUUCAAAACAGGAUUUUAAAUUGCAUUAAGAGAUUCUGAAAAAGCAUUAAUAUUUGAUUUAGGAUACACCCAGUAAUAAGUUUUUGCCUAUGGGGUUUUUUACUUCAACAAACCGGGUUUCUAAAACGUCGUUUGAUAUGGUCAGGCUAGCUAUAAGAGUAUAAUCAUAUUGUGGGGGGAAUGUAAAGAGCGACACCACCCCAUGUCUUUGCGUUCUAUUAUUAACAAUCAAAUCAAAAUCAGGGAGUGUGAAGAGGGAACAUGGAUUAUCAGAACCAUGUUUCGGUUGAACCAAUACAUGAGAUUUCGUUGUUAUCUUGGAAUAUUUCAAGUUUAUCAAAAUUUUUCUGGCACUUCGAAUGUUUAAAUGGAGAAGAUAAAAACUUUCGUCCGUGCCUGAUGUGAUUGAAGGUUUUGAAAUGUUGUUCUGUGAAAUGACGUGAUGUAGACAGCUGUCCAAAUUGAUCAUUUGCAUCAAAGUUGUAAUUAAGAUUUCAAUAAUUUCAUAAAAUGAAGAGGUUUUACAGGCUAGCGUUCAAACUCACUCGAAACUCCGUUGUGUUGACGAUCAGCCAUGCAUUAAGUCUUUUGUUAACUGUGCGAUAGCUUCUGUGGGAAACCGGUGAAAACCUCUUUAUUUUAUGAAAUUAUUGAAAUUCAAGCCUUAUUUCAAAUAGCCAGAACUUUGUUAAUUCUUGACCAUUUUCUGUAAUUGAGGUAUCAAAUUAAAGAGCAGAUAUUGAAUUU